UAAUAACUUUGCGGCAAUGGGCCAUAUUUGAAGAAUUCCUAAUACUUUUCCGGCUUUAGAAAUUCUCGAUUUUUUUUUCCUCUUACAAUCGAAGAAGAAAGCAAUGGGUGGAGCGCAGGCAAUGAAGAGAAUUCCACGAAUCAAGUUUCCACAGAGGCAUUCAAAGCAUUCUGGUACCACAUCGCAGAAUUCCCAACAUCAGAAAACUCCAUCAGCUGAAGAAACUCCUCGAACAUUUUUCUCAAGGUCCCCACCUAGCAUGUCUGUCGCAGGGAAGGCUUCUGAUCAACCAAAAAGAACACCAGUUACUCAGGAGGAAAUUGAAUCCAUUCUGUUGGGUGGCUGCAUCUAACUUCAAAGCGAAUUACCUUCAGCGAGAAGACACAGCUCACAACUUCACGCUCAUGUUAAGUGACUGGUUUGACUACAUUUUCGUGUUUAUGUUUUAGCUGUUGUACUUCUUUAAACCAGUGACAUGAUUGUUAAUAAUUCGUUAUGCACGGAAUGGUUAUCCACACCUGGAUUGGUAAACUGUCGUGUACAUUGAUAGGCUUUGUUCUUUGGUACAGAAUGUAACCAUUUGCAGACAUUGCAUGAUCAGAUUUCUCAUACCAUCUGGCUAAAGAAAUUUGUUAUUUGCAGACA